UUCAUUCGCUGGCCCAGUUUGUUGUCGUGCUGUUCUGUCCGCUGUAGUUCCCACUUUGUCGUCUAUUUUAUUUUCGUAGUGUCGCGUAUAUUUAGUAAAUAUUUUGUUGUUGUUAUUUAUAGUUCGUACUUGGUUGGCGUGGUGCGUGUUGUACUCUCGUGUUUUUGUUUUUAUUUUUGUUUUCGUUUUCCAUUUUUUUGGGUGGCAUAUUUUGUUUGAUUCUGCGAUGGCAGCCAAAGAUCGCCUGCCCAUAUUCCCCUCCCGCGGGGCACAAACGCUGAUGAAGUCGCGUUUGGCCGGCGCCACCAAGGGACAUGGUCUGCUCAAGAAGAAGGCCGAUGCCCUGCAGAUGCGCUUCCGUCUGAUUCUGGGCAAGAUCAUCGAGACCAAGACCCUCAUGGGCCAGGUGAUGAAGGAGGCGGCCUUCUCCUUGGCCGAGGUCAAGUUCACCACCGGCGACAUCAACCAGAUCGUGCUGCAGAACGUGACCAAGGCGCAGAUCAAGAUCCGCACCAAGAAGGACAACGUGGCCGGGGUCACGCUGCCCGUAUUCGAGCCGUACACGGAUGGCGUGGACACCUACGAGCUGGCCGGCCUGGCACGUGGUGGCCAGCAGCUGGCCAAGCUGAAGAAGAACUAUCAGAGCGCCGUGCGCCUGCUCGUGGAGCUGGCCUCGUUGCAGACCUCGUUUGUGACCCUCGACGAUGUGAUCAAGGUCACCAACCGGCGGGUCAACGCCAUCGAGCACGUGAUCAUACCCCGCAUCAACCGCACCAUAGAGUACAUCAUCAGCGAGCUGGACGAGCUGGAGCGCGAGGAGUUCUACCGGCUGAAGAAGAUUCAGGACAAGAAGCGCGAGGCUCGCAAGGCAUCCGAUAAAAAACGGGAGGAGCAGCGUCGCCUGGGCCAAGUGGCCGAAACGAAGGAGGUGCAGAACAUCCUCGACGAGGACGGCGACGAGGAUCUGCUCUUCUAGACGCCACUCCGAUGACACUCCGAUGCCACUCCCCCCCACUCCACACACAGAACGGCACCCACAUACUAUCUAUGUACGAAUCCACCCACUGCUACACCUGACCCAUCACCGCCCAAUCAUCACCCAAUCAUCGCUCAACUUUGCUACCUCACUCCCGCGAAAAGAUCACCUCUCGUUUAUUGUUGUCGUUCGUUGUGAUCCGGAUGUUGACCACUUGUCGCUC